UCAGCUGUUAAAGAAAAAAUAAAUAAAUCUGACAAUUUAAAGGUUCUGGGACCAUCACAAAAAGAUAGACCAUUCUAGUAAUUCCAUCCAAAGGCAAGGCUACAUAUACAAAUAAGUAACUAGCUAUUCCAUUUGCUUGUAGUUCUCUCAGUAGAAGAGGUAAAGUCCUGGGGUUAAAGACUAUAGGCCACCAAACAUCACAGAAACUAAGAAUGAUGGAACAGCGACGGUACAGUAGUACUUCAGUUCUGCAAUUCUUCACGAUUUCUUGUCUUCUGCUUCUCUCUUUUUCAGGAUCUGUUACAGCUUACAAGAACUAUACAGUUGGUGACUCCCUGGGCUGGUAUGACACCCUUGAAAAGCCUAGUGUAAACUACCAGAAAUGGGCAGAGACCAAAAACUUCAGCUUGGGAGAUUUCCUUAUCUUCAAUACAGAUAAUAACCAUUCAAUAGUGCAAACAUACAAUUUCACCAUAUACAAGCUCUGUGAUUACAAUGAUGCUCUGCAAAACGAUACCAUCGAAUGGUCGGCGGCCAAUCCUUCGGCCACGGCACCUUAUCCAGUUUCAGUGGCAGUUCCCCUGGUGAAGGAAGGGAUGAAUUAUUUCUUCUCCAGUGAUUAUGAUGGUGAGCAGUGCAAGAAUGGUCAGCAAUUCAAAAUAAAUGUGACUCAUGGCCAAGGGUUACCCAAGAGCCUAGAAGAACCAGAUGACGCCCCAGCUCCAAACAGUCCUGAUUUUGGGAGUGAUGAUUCUGCCCCGGAUACUAUUGUACCUUCAAACUUCAAUCAUCCCAUUGAAGAGGAAAGUGAUAAGGAUGAGGGCUCGGGAUCAUUUUCUUUACUUUUCAACUCUUUGGAUCUAAAAUUGAACGGGCUUUUAAUCUUAUUAGGAAUUUUUUGCAUAUUUUGAAUAUUUAUACUUUACUUUGUUUUUUAUUAUAAUAUUCUUUUUCCCCUUUAUAGAAUAAAAUUAACGUUCUUAUAA